UGUUAUUUUGAUCAUUAGAGUGGAAACAUUCCAGAAGCAACGACAACGACAAUCUAUUGACUAUUUUAGGGAACCUUGAGGUCAGAAGACUUGUGUUUGUCAGCCGUUUGUUUGCAUCAUCAUCAUGGGUCACUUGUUUUCGUCCGAGGCAGUAAACAUGGAGGGCAAAGAGGCAACUUUUAUCAAAGGUAUCACACAUGAUAAAUGUGUAGUAGUCUUCUCCAAGACUCACUGCCCAUUUUGCCACAAAGUCAAGACAAUCUUUGAGGACUUCGGCGCCAACUACGAAGUGGUGGAGAUGGAUAAACGUUCCGAUACGAGUGCAAUGCAAGCUGUACUUGGAAAGAUGACAGGUGCUUCCACGGUUCCGCGAGUAUUCAUCCAGGGCAAAUGUGUAGGCGGUUACGACGACACCAAGAGACUACAGGACUCGGGCCGUCUAGAAGAGAUGCUACGGGAUUGUAACGCCAUAGAGUAACGCUGCCGCUGAAUACCAUCCACUGGCCGUUCAGGGUUUAGCGCUUAUGAGUGAAGAUUGGGAUGUUCGGUCGUUGGAAUACAACAGUAAUGGCCUUGGAUACAGCAUCGCAAAA